GGACCCGGUCUUUAGAGCUCUUUACAGCGGACCCCGCAUUGAAAUAAGUGGACUUGAGCCCAUUGAAAACUCACUGGAGCGUUGCCCUUCAAAGGCAAACACUGUAAAAGUGGCACAAGACUUCAUCAUUGGAUCAUUAGCUAGUAGACACUGCUGGAUAGAAGACUAGUAAAUGACACGCUCUUGAGAGACGAAUUCAUCCGCCAAACGGACACGGCGAAAUUGAGGAAUAUUGUGGACGAUUUUUAUUUCAGUUUUUGGACAAAUUUUAUUGAUGACGAUGUCGGAGUCUAAACCUGCAACUGAGCAAAAAACGCCGUCAAAGAGUUCGUUUUCUAUCUCGUCAAUAUUAUCAAAACCUGAUAAAGAGGACAAAAAAGACCGGGACGAACGCCCGAAAUCUGUGGACGACUUGAAGGAUAAGGAACGUCAUGCGGCCUUGUUGAAGAUAGACGCUCAUGGGCUACCCUUCCAUCCCGCACUUCACCCUGCCCUACCCCAAUAUCUAGAUGGGAGGCACCUACCCGGUAAACCCACGCCGUGGUACCCCUGGUUCACCCCGAGCCCGUAUCUUCAUUUUCCAUUUGACCGCGUAAGUCAAGCCAGUUCCAUCUCAACACUGCCUCCCAGCACCCCGACAACAGGUACGAGCCGCCCACCUCCGCCUCUAAGCCCCGCCAGUAGCAGCGGUCCUCUCUCUCCCGGCUCGAUAGAUAUCAAGAGCGACACUGAGGACAUCAGGGACGAUGGCAAUGACAACAAAUCAGACAUUGAGUCGGACGAUAACAGCACGAACAAUAACGGAAAUGGCGGCCAUCGCGACCACAACAUGACAGAAGAUGAGAAAAAUAAGAACCGACGCAAAAAGAAAACCCGGACCGUAUUUUCACGGAGUCAAGUUUUCCAAUUGGAAAGCACAUUCGAUAUGAAACGGUACUUAUCUAGCUCUGAAAGAGCGGGACUCGCUGCGUCAUUGCGGCUGACUGAGACUCAAGUUAAAAUCUGGUUCCAGAACCGCCGGAAUAAGUGGAAGCGCCAGCUAGCGGCGGAAUUGGAGGCAGCCAAUAUGGCGCAUGCGGCGCAAAGGAUGGUCCGCGUCCCCAUACUCUACCACGAACAGGGCAGUCAUUCAACGCAUUCGGACUCACCAACUUCAGCUUAUUCUAGCACCCUGCCGAGCCUCCAUCCUAUGUAUUACCAGCAUGCAUAUUCACACUUAACAAAUUUGCGGCCUUCUUUGCCGAGUAUGGUAUAACCAAUGCAAGAAUACGAGUCUCAGAUUUAGUCGCAAUGGACAGUAUUAAAGUCAACCCACCAAAGAUUGAUAAGUGACUCUCACACGAUGUGUUCAUGGUGUAUUCUACAUCUUGUCUGAUGAAUUGUUUUGGUUCCGCACUUUUACGAUAAAACAACAUUGACUGCAGCAUCGAUCAGGGGACACAAUUGUUACAACUACAUAUGUAAAGUUGCUCAAAGAAAGGUACAUGAACCUUUUUGCACGAAUGCUAAAAGGAAAAAGGAUCAUUGAGGAACUAAUAAUCCUUGCGUUACAAUGCCGUCAGUAAUCAGAUUUUAGGUAAUUGAACGGCAACUUUUCAAUUGAAAACUGAUUACAUCACUGAUCAGUGUAUCUUUUAAGUUAAAGUAGUUUUGUAAUGCUUGUUCCAAGAAGGCACUGGGUAAGUGCUUUGAUCGCGUUUGACCUGAUCGAUGGUGCAGUGCAGUAACCCGCCUACUGUAGAAUUCUUACCUAUGCCCAAGAUAAAUGUUUUACAGUUUACGCUCACAUACACUUAGCCCAGACAAAGUUUAUCACUUCAUAAAAUGGGCAUUUUUGCUCAAAGACAAAAAAUCUGUCCUAUUACAGUUUUUUAAGGGACCCUCGACGUUUAUCAAUUAUUGCGCUGCAGGUUACAAUUACUGCUAAGUUUGAAAUGUCAUUAAAUUUGACACAACUUUUCACCCUAUCACCAUACUUUUUCAUCACUUGUUAAAGUAAUGUUCACGACAAUCACCCAAUUGCCUACAUAUCAUGAUCACGGUCUCGGCCAAAUUUCAAAAGAUUUUUAUUCGAUAGUUCUGUGUCAACGAAAGGUUUUACAACGACAAAAUCUAUAUUAUUUGUGAUUGUUUCUCUGGCCAAAUAUGUUUUCGUCUGUUUCAGACAUGGUUUUGCGAGCAUGUCAUGCACUACAUGUAAUUAUGGUUUAAUCCUACAUGUAUCCAAAGAUACAUGUACGUGUACAUGUAAAGCAAGAUGCUCUCCCAUCCAGGGUAUUCGAGUUUCAAUAGGGUUUGUGUCUCCCAUCUAAAACAUAGUGUAUUUAGCAUACAUGUUCGCUGCGGUUGUGUCAAGGCUGGUCUACACUAGCAAACUUCCGCUUGCAAAUUUCAGCAAACUUUGGGUUCGGUCGUGUCUGCCAUAAAAAAAAUCACACCGCUG